AUUGCGGUAUGAGAUAGGCACUGAUAUGUCAUUUUAAUUCAUUCCACGUAGUUGCACUGAGUGACAUUCAGUGCCCAUUCCAAGUGCGUUAUAUCGUUGAAAGGUCGUUGUCGUGGGAGUUUUUUCUGUUAGGCACCUGUGUACCUACUCCUCUCCGAGCCCUUCCCACGCAUUCCCCCGAGCGGUUCAACAAGGAGGAGGAGGAUGGUGAGGCCGGGGAUGGUGAGGAUGGUGGCGGCGAUAGUGACCGUGCUGGCGACAGUGGACGCGUCACAGAGGAAAACUCAGUAUUGUGACGUAAUUCCAGACGCAUUGGACCCUCCGCCGCACCCGGAAGUGACCAACCAAUACACUUGCUCGAUGGAAGUGGUAUCCGACGCGCCUGAAAAUCCUGGAGACCCUAAUAUGCGUUUGGAGAUGUUCGUGAAGGAAGUGUACGACGAGCCCGGGAACAUGUUCUCGAUGCAGAUUGCCUCCAAGUAUUACGUGGAGCGAUACAUCCUCAACUGGAACACGAAGCAGAUGCUGUUCAUACAUACGUCCAAAAACAGUAACGAGGUGAGAGAAUGCGUCCCACGCCCACUAAGCGAGGGCGUGAUCUUCUUCCCGCCCAUCCUCGGGUCGGGCCAGAACCUCUCGGUGUCUCACAUCGUGGGUCCGGGGGCGGUGCUGGGAAUCCUCAACUGGAACGAGACACACUACAAGGGAGAGUACUCCUUCCGAGGCAUGACAGCGGACCGGUGGGACUGGUGCGGCCUCAAGGAAUUCGAAAACGAGACGGGUUCUCACAACAUCUCCAUGGCGACCUACUGGAGCUCGUCGAAGUGGAGUAUGCCCGUGAUGCCCACGGCAGAAGCCAGCAUCCCUUUGGGGUGGGAGGUGGAGGUGCACGAGCCGCAGGGGGGCGGAUCCCACGGGUAUUACACGGUGGAGACGCUUGUUCAUAACAUCAUGGACUUCAGCCCCGGGGUGGUGGACUACGAAGAGUUCAGGAUUCCUGAAGGUCUUUUCUGCGAGGGUAUGGUGCCCCUCGAAGGACACCCCUUCCCGGACUUCUCAAAGGACAGGCUCUUCACCUUCAGCAUGGAGAUGAGGGACAGCAGAGUGAAGGACUUCACUUGGGCCGACGGCUGGUAUGACUUCGAGAAACAGCUGUACCGAAUCGACCACGAGAUAAUGAGCACGCCCAGGGAACGCAUCACCGCCACGGAGGUUUUCGACUUCAAUGACGGUCUGGCCUUCACCUUCGGUAAGAAGAUCGCCAGAUGUCGUAUCACCAUCGUCAACGACACCAGGACGGACUGGUCGGACAUCACGGGCAUCGGGCAUCUUUGGGCGGAUUCUCCCAACGCCUUCUUCGGCUCCGAUCUCGUUAAUUACACCUAUUAUGGCCGCAGAUUCGAACGCUACAUGGAAGGCGACGAAUGGCGGGCCUCGAGGUCGGACUGGCCACUCGACGUCACGGGCGGAAACAACCAAAUGCUCUGGCAGUGGACCUUCGCCAACAAAAACGUGACGACGGUGACGAGUCUCGGCGACCACCUGUACGUGGAGCGGCAGGUCCCGAUCGGCCUCAGCGUGACGGCGCUACACGACUUCCAGACAAGCUUUGGCCACGUAGCUAAGGGGUCGUCCUUCGAGUACCAGAUCUAUGACUUCAACCUCGAAUCCAGUGCCAAGUUCGACCUCUACAGCGACGGCGGCGACUUCGACGUCUACAACUGUUACUCGGCCAACUGGAGGGAUCAUCUCAAGUUCAAACUCGAUGUCUCAUCCUGGCCCGAAAUCGUGAAUACCGCCCUUCUGACGUCGUCGAGGUUCAACGAGUACUGGCAAGUCCUCCUGGCGAAGACCGGCACCGUCUCCACACUCAGGAUCACGAGGGUUAAGACGAUCGUAGAGGAAUCGAACGAGGUCUGGAUCGAGUUCGUCCUCCUGUACCGCCACCCCGAGAUCGGCGAACUGGACAGCGAACUCUACUCCCACCUCACGCCCGGUUUUACAGCUCACACCCUCAUUGCAACGGCUAUCAACAACGGAGAGAUCUCGUUCGGUGGUCAAAAGCCCGGUGGUGGCGAAUUCUCUUUGGAGGCCGUCAGAGGAUCCUUAGCCCUGGUGGUAGACGCCGACUGCACUACGACCACAGCCCAGCCUCCUACCACACACCACACAGGACCCACUAAGUCCACGCCAAGCACGACGACGACGACGACCACCACCACCACCACCACCACCACCACCACCACAACGACGACCAAGAAACCUGGAACGGGAACUGCCUCGAAUGGACAGACAGAACCCUCGGUAACUGGCAGUGCAACCACUCCUUAUGUGCCACCUGGAGACAACGUCAUAUAUACCUCAGGUGCCGUCCUGUUGCGUCUUCAACCUCACCUUCAGUACAAGUGCAUUACUGCGUUUCUAUUCCUUCAUGCAAUCAAAGGUCACCAGAACCUGACAAUCACACGAAAGAUCGACAUGCAAGCACACGUCUGGUGCGGCCAUGUUCUGAAUGGAAGAAGCCAGUAUGUUUAUUAUUUUUUCAAGGACUAUAAUAUUCUAGCAGCUCGUAGUGGAAAGCUUAGGUUGCUUGAGAGUACAGUCCCUUAUAUAACACGUCGCAGGUAUAUGACCUUUCCGGCAAGAGGAGAACAGUCUGGAGGGACAGACUUCGUGGCUCUCCUUCGUGUUUCGUCAGGCGAGGUCAGUGACACCUUCAGUCUGGCGAAGCUAAUGAAUAAACCAACGCCACUUGGCCUCCUUAACGGGCAAAUGAACCAGCUGUGUGAGGUUGAAGAGGCAGGUCGUCGUGGGUUUUGUUACCUGGCCUCCAGCUGUUCAGUACAAUCAGAAAAAUAA